UCCAUCACCAGACUAGAUCAUACCGUCUGUGAAGUCCAGGAACAACCGUAGAAAAUCCAUUCGUUUACUGAAAUCGGUGUACAAUUCCUUCCGCGUCACCUGCUUGAUGCCAUCCUGUACAGGAGACAGUGAACCCAUGGUGGAUCAGACUAGCGGUGGAUAAUCUAAGGAAUGUAUAGACUGCAAUGGGUAUGGAAUGGUACACGGAGCGUCAGCAAGGGUAGAAUUGGCUUGCACGCUCUUGGUCUGGAUGGUAAUAAAGAAGCAAAGUGUGUUGCUGACCAGCCCUCCCCCCAGAGUCCUUAUAUUUAGCCGGCCCAAUGACCCCUGGCAGGAUUUUGGGCCAGCAUGCGCCUCCGAUUGCGCCAAACCGAUGGAGAAGCCGACUGCGGCUGACGUGCCAUACGAUUGGCACAGCUGCUUGUCAUUCCGAAACUGUGCCGUCAUCCAACGCUUGAGGGCUGUUGACAGGGUGGUCCACUACUUUACCCGCAUACGUGGAACUCCGCGGCAGAGUUUUGCAAGGUGUAAUCCGACUAGGCAAGGAUGCUGAAGGCUGACUGCCAGCGUCCAUUGUGGAAGCGAUUGAUUGGGGGGGAAGGGGGGAACCAAUGGUGGGCUGUGUAUGGAGACAAUAAGUUCACGUAUAUUAAGUCAACGAAUUGCGUCCCCACCAAGGUAAUUCCGCGACGGUGGC